AUGGAUUGGAUAGCUGGGCAAUUGCUCCGACUACAAAUCUGGGAGUCAGCAAUACGAAAAAAGCCUACCAUAAAACCCAACUCUUCAAGGUGGGACCAUGAUCCUUUUGACCCAGCAAACUGGAUGCCAGAAAUUCCCGAAAAGACCGCCCAUGGGAUACACUACGUCAGGCUUGAUCAUAAAGGCGACUGUAUCCCCCUAGACUGCAAUUGGAAGAAACCUCACCCUGUCAACAGAUCCGCCUACCUCUGGCAUGCUGGCCUUUGGAUGGCCUGCAGGGAGUCUCGUGAGGUGAUGCAGAAACACUGGUUUGGCCACCCCUGUUACACACAAGAAGGUGUGGACGAGCAGGUGAACGGUGGUCUUAGGAGAUGGUUUUAUCGCAAUGGAGAGGGAGUAGAUGUGAUUUGGGUUCAUUGGGCUCGAGACCAAGAUUAUGAGCCCUGGCUCAUGGCUACAUCCCCAGGGGAUAUGUUUUGCAUUUUUCCGGCCAGUUACAAACCUCUCGCAGUUCUCCAGUUCUCCGUAUCUCACGGAGACAUUGGCGACUACGCUGUCGAGUUUGACCCGGCCCGGACCUCUGAACUGGCAGGUCUCGACAAAUAUCGGCCAAUCUAUCGCUUACUACCCACUUUGAAAUUCGCCAUCAGUAUCUUUUGCGAAAUAGCAACUAUGGAUAUUCGUCUGCCGUCGGCCAUCCAUAUCAUUGACCGAUAUUCUGGCUGGAAGAGAGUCAGCCCUGAAAAUUCCCCGGUGUUUUAUGAUCGCGAGCACGAAUAUGUUCCUAUCUACCCGAGCGAUCCUCUUGCUUCAAAUCGUAUUGUACGCCAUGCACCUAUUCUCAGGUUCUUGGACCAGGUUGAUCGACUACUCAAGGACACGUUGACCUAUAAGCGCAAGCACUCCCCUUUUGCUUUGGGUGAUUGCAGUGUUCUGCCCGAGGGACUAUCUGUUCGGAAGCUGGUACGUGUCAUGGUCAGGCGUGAUAACGAGGUGGUACUUGAGGCCACAAAAAGCCAUGCUAUGAGGCCCAAGGUGAAACACCCAGCCUCAGUAGCCUACUCAAAUGAGCGAGCUGUAAGGCAGAAGCCGGCUGUACGAUGGAGAUGGUAG